AUGGGGGCCAAGCAGUCAAGCUCAGACACCAAAGACAAGGACCUCAGGGGGAUGCUGUUACUGAGGAGGAGGCAGAAGUUCUCCCGGUGGGACGAUGCCCUUCUCUCCGGGCGAGACCCAAGGUCCCUGCUGAAGCGGGGCAUGUGCCACGUCAGCUUCAGCCUGGUCACAAAGGGGAUGACCGAUGUCCCAGACUUCCUGUGGGGCCUGUCUGAGGUGCAGAAGCUCAACCUGUCCCACAACCAGCUGAGGGUUCUUCCUUCAGAGGUGGGCAGGCUGACGCGGAUUGUGGUCCUGAACCUGUGUGGGAACCGCCUGCAGAGCCUGCCCAGGGAGCUGAGCCUCCUCCAGAGCAUGAAGGUGCUGUUUGUCAAUAUGAACUGCCUGAGGGAGGUGCCGGCCGAGCUGAGUGCCUGCAAGAGUCUGGAGGUGCUGAGCUUGUCACACAACUGCCUGUCCCAGCUGCCCGCCAGCCUCGCUGACCUCUCCUGCCUGAAGAAGCUGAACCUCAGCAACAACUGCUUUGCUCACAUCCCCAUCUGCGUGUUCUCCCUGAAGGAGCUGGACUUCUUGCACGUGGGCUCCAAUCGCCUGGAAAACAUCGCCGAGAGCAUCCAGUGCCUGGCAAGCCUGCAGAUCUUCAUUGCCGAGAAUAACAACAUCCAUUGCUUCCCCAGGUCUCUGUGUUUGCUCAGCAGCCUGGAGCUGCUGAACUUGAACAACAAUGACAUCCAGACGCUCCCAGACGAACUCUACCUGCUGUGCAGGCUGUCAAGGAUUGCCUGGAAUCCCAUGGACAAAGGGCUCCACAUUUCCUAUAACCCUUUAGCCAAGCCCCUGCCUGAGCUAGUGGAAGGGGGUCUGGAGAUACUCUUCAGCUACUUGAAGGACAAGAAGCACACUUGA